AUUUUAUUUGGUUGAGAUUGAGAUUGUGUCUUUUUAAAAGAGAGAGAGAGUAGGGUUGAGACUUGAGGGGAAAAGGGAGCGAGGUGGCCCUAGAGUCUAGUGAAGCGAUGCGAGUAGCUGCAAAAACUGUUAUAUAUGUGCCUCCUUCGCCCACUCUCAAUCUACUCUACUCUAUUCCAUAAUAUAUAUCCCACCGUACCGGUUACAAGUAACAACAACAACCACCUCUUCCAUCUUUUCUCUUCUCAUCAAUCAAACAUAACAUCAUCCACCACUACCUCAAUAUAACUAUUAUAUCUAUAUAUCUAUCUAUUACUCUCUCUAUCUCUCUGUAUUUUUUGCUUCAAUAAACUCAGACACAACAUUUCCAGGUAUUCACUUAGUUAGCUAGUGCAUGAUCCGCCAAUGGCUUCUGCCUGCAUCAACAACAUCGGAAUGUCACCGGAACCCUUCUUCUCAUGGGAUCCCGAACCCGACUUUGAGUUCCGUCUUCAAGAUCCCGUUACCAUGCUUCCCGCCGACCAACUCUUCUCCGACGGUAAACUCGUCCCUCUUCACUUCAAACCAACCACCUCCAUCUCCGCCACCACUUCUCCCAAGAAAACUACCGCCUCCAUAACAACCUCCGACCCCAUUCUCUUCUCUCCUAAAGCACCACGCUGCUCUAGCCGCUGGAAAGACCUUCUCGGCCUCAAAAAACUCUACAGCUCCACCAACACAACAACAACAACCACCAAAACAUCGCCGGCAACUUCAUCCUCUUCUCCUUCCAACAAAUCGUUCAAACACCUCCUCAACCGUAACUCCAAAACGACGUCGUCAUCAGACAACAGUUCUCUCAGUCUUCCUCUAUUGAGAGACUCCGACAACGAAUCACUCUCGAUCUCUUCUCGUCUCUCGCUUUCCUCCUCAUCUUCAAGCCACGACCACGACGAUCUCCCACGACUCUCUCUCGAUUCAGAAAAACCUAACCCGAUUUCCAUCCACCGUAACCCAAACCCGAACUCGAAUCCAAGGAUCCGGUUAGUCAAACCCCGAGCAGGCUCCUUCGAUGGAAACAAACCGGAUCAGCACAACAACAAUAACCGCUCCGGGAGAAGUCCGAUCCGAAUGGAAUCAUCUAGUACGCAAGGGUGCAGGGGAGCUUCCGUGGAUAGCCCUAGAUUAAACUCAUCAGGGAAAAUCGUUUUCCAGAGCUUAGAACGUAGCUCGAGUAGUCCCGGGAGUUUCACCGGCGGGCCCCGCUUUAAGCAUCGUGGAAUGGAACGGUCUUAUUCAGCUAAUGUCCGGGUCACUCCGGUUCUCAAUGUUCCGGUUUGUUCAUUAAGAGGCGGUUCAAAAUCCGGUUCGGUUUUCGGGUUUGGGCAGCUUUUUUCUUCCCCGCAGAAAAGAGAAUCUACAUCUGGUGGUAAUAGCAAGAGUCAUCCACAUCAACAUCAACACCAACACAGUGUUAGGCAUCAACAACACAAACACCCUUAGACACAGUUGGUAACCGUUAAUUUUAACUAGGAUGUUUUGUUCUUGUUUCUUUUUUUCCUUCCUUUUUUUCUGAAGGUUAAUCUAUGUUCUUGUCUAUUUCGGAAUGAAAACAUUGUAGAAGUAAUGACACUGUUAAUUUUUUAGGGGAUGAUUAAUUACUCUGGUUUUCUUAA